AAUAGUGGUGACGGUAUCUUCGCCUGGAUUAAUGCCUGCUAUCAAAACUUCCCGUGUUGAAUGGCAACAGUUUUCUAAGAUUUCUCCGAAUUACAAAUCACAUUGAAAAGACAAGGACUGAAUUGCUAGACACCCGUAAAAAUUCCCUGGACCCUGUCACUGGAAGUGAGAAAGAGUUCAGGCCUUAAAAAAUAUGUCUCAAUACUGUUCUUGGUUUGCAAUUUUCUGGAUGAACUAUUCGAAUCGUGACGCAAAGGCGGUUUGUGUUUUCUAGAUGCCGAACAGGAUCGCUUGAACCGCCUUUUUAAAUGUGCUUAAAGUAGAGUGACGACCAUCGGAGGGAUAUGAUAGGUCCUCUUCAGGACUUCAUCAGCGCAUUCUUCUGGAUUACGGAUAUGUCAAUAAAGCCAUUGGCGAUAACGGACUUAGGAAAUGUGUUUUCGCUUAGAAAAGAGCAAAAUCCCACUUGGAAAAUGGUUUUUGUGAUAUUAUUAUCUUUGUUGUCGUCCAUUGCUGCAAAAGGGAAUGGUGAAGAAACCAGAUAUCUGACGGCAUACGCAUGUGAAGGGCGACAGCUGAGGAUUAGUUGUGAUGUAGGCCAUAUGAUUCACUUACUGAGGGCUAACUAUGGCCGCUUUAGUAUCAGCAUCUGCAACGAGCAUGGAAACUUGGAUUGGAGUGUGGACUGUACUUCACCUAACUCGUUCAACGUCAUCAAAGACACGUGUGGCAUGAAAAACAGUUGCAGUCUUUCUGCUUCGCCAGAUUUGUUUGGUGAUCCAUGCCCUGGAACGCCGAAGUACUUGGAAGCUCAUUAUCAGUGUGUUCCAGAAAAGUCAUCAGCUACGCCAUCGACCAGUACGACGACGAGCACCAGUUCAAGCACAAGCACAAGUCGACCGUCAAUCAUCAUUCCUGUGACGCGGAACACUCGACCGCAUCCCGUUGUACCGCCGUCCGUGCCGCGAUCCUCACCGCCGCCCACCACCCCAGCAGCGGUCACUCUGCGGGACGCCACUUCGGAGGCGGCGACAGUCGCUGCUGCCACCACCACAGUCACGACCCUGUUGGUAGACGUGACGACGACCCUUGCCGACAGUCUCCUUUUGAUGCUCAGCGGCACGCCCGAAACUUCGACAUCAGAACCAUCAACCGUCCAUUUGAGUCGCUAUAGUCCGGAUAAUCACGAAGACGACCAGCCUACGUUAUCCUGCUCUCCAACAGAAGCUCGAGGGCUGUUUUGGAACUGGACACGGGCUGGACACAUGGCUCUACAUAGAUGUCCAGGAGGCGGAACAGGCCGAGUGAAGUGGCGAUGUGAUUCUGUAACCGUACAAUGGAUUGAGUCUCCAGAUUUCAGUGACUGUAGCUCUCAGUGGGUGGAAAAUAUCAAGUACAGAAUGUCAAGAGGAGACCCGAUAACGUCUUUGGCUGCCGAACUGGCUGUCAUCACCGGGACGAAGUCUCUGAUGGCAGGGGACAUCGUUCACACCGCUGACAUCCUUCACAGGUUGGUGGCGGAAAUGGCAGAGAGGACAAGAGUUAUGGAUGAUCCUCAACAGAGACAGCGACUCCUAUUGGCUCUCUUGGAGUCGGUGUUGGCAGUGAGUAGCAAUUUGUUGAAAGACAGUCAUAGGCUUCCCUGGCACGAUCUUUCUCGUGAACAGCAGCAAAAAUCUGCUUCAGCUUUACUCAGAAGUCAGGAGAAAAGUGGUUGGUUGCUGGCCGAAUCACACCAUUCCAGAUACAAUCAUCGGAGUGGCCAGCCUUAUGUCUUGGCAGCAGUGAAUGUUGUGGAAUCUUGGGACAUAUCAGAUGUAGUAUUACCACCUCCUCUUGAUACCACGUGGUGGACGGUAGAGGAUAGAUUACUUGUACCAGCUCCAGCAUUGGUGGCGACAGCAAAGCAAGGGGUUUCUAGGCUUGUUCUUUUAGUGCAUGCCCGUCUGGGAGACCUUCUUGGAUCCGAAGUUCAUUCCAGUCAAGCGUCACCAACAAAUGCGAGCAGACUGGUCAAUUCUCGAGUCAUAGGCGCUUUGCUGGAAGGUCAUCGCGUCCUUAGUCUUCCGAGACCAAUCACAGUCACUUUCAAACACUUACAGGUGGAAAACGUAUCUAGUCCUCUCUGUGUGUUCUGGGAUUAUCAAAUAAGGAGUUGGUCGACCGACGGUUGUUGGCUGAAGUACACCAACAGGAGCCAUACCGUGUGCCAAUGCAGUCAUCUGACGAACUUAGCCAUCAUCAUGCACGUGACUGAGACACAGGAGCAACCUCUAUCAACCGAUCAUGAGACAUUACGAAUGAUAGUUUACAUCGGAUGCGCAGUAGCGAUGGUUUUCCUCCUUAUCACGUUGCUAGUUCUUCAGUUCAUAAGGUGUCUUAGAACAGAACGAGUGAGCAUCCACAAACACUUAUGUCUUUGCCUCUUGCUAGCUGAAGCUGCGCUUGUUGGUGGUUUGGAACAGACUGAAGAACCGAAAGCAUGCUCUGUACUGGCCGGCUUCUUGCAUUAUCUUCUACUUGCAGCUUUUGCCUGGGCUUUUCUUGACAGCUUCCACCUUUAUAUUCUACUUGGUGAAACCGACAUUCAUCCUGAUCGUUGGAGAGUAAAAUGGUAUUCCUGCGUAGCAUAUGGUGUCCCGCUUAUUGUAGUGACCGUAUCUGCUCUCAUAGAUCCAGCCAGCUAUGGUACUGAGAACUAUUGUUGGCUACGAGUAGAUAACUAUUACGUUUUUAGCUUCGGUGGACCAGCCAUUGCCUGUGCUCUGGCCUCGAUAUUUUUUCUUUGUUUGACGGUGGGUCGCAUAUGUGCCCAAAGAAACAGCACCAUCCCUAUCAAGAGCAAGGACCAGACGAAGUUGUCAGCUGUCAAUGUAUGGAGCGGAGAGGCUACUGUGCUCCUUCUAGUCUUGUGCUCCACGUGGACACUCUUGCCAUUGUUCCUGCACGAUGAAAAGCCUCUGACCGCUUACUUCUUUCUAGGACUUAAUAUACUGCAAGGAUUGUUGGUCUUUCUCUUCUACUGUCUGAAUGCCGGAAAGGUGCAGAGUUCGGAGGAACCUCCAGGACCUGACUGGUUGUGUUCAUGCCUGCGAGAACCUCCACGCAGGAGAAGCCUGUACAGCCCCCCGGGCAGCUGCCCUCAUAAUUAUCCGCCACUGACAUGGAGUUUCCUGGAACCAGGAGAAGCCCCUACCCUUCAAUGUGCCACGCCCGAUCGGCACUUUGGAGGCAGGAAUUGUGAAGAACAUCCACUGCAGUAUCUGCUGCGAACACCAGAACCCCAACAACAGUGGAGCGUUCCAGACCACCAUGAUAACAGAACCCUCUGCUGCUACCACCAGAAUCAUAAUUCCCCUCACCACAUUAAACAGCAACAACAGCAACAGCAGUUACAAACCGAGCCCCACUACGAAACACUGGAACCCUUGGAAGGACCACCAAGGCCCCUUUUCAGUUCCCUGGCCGCAGUCUUGAAUAUGGGUCCCAGCUUAGGGGGAACAGGAGGAUCCCCUUGUCAUGUGGCAUACUGUGGUAUUCAGAGCCCAACGGACUCAGAACAGUCAUCCAGCAGUUUUAUGGAUACACAAAUUCGUCUAAGUCCAGCAGCUAGCUCUCCAGACAAUGAGCUAACGGACAGCUUACCAAACUUAGACAGACGGACUGGCUGUGGGGCUUCUGCGUUGCCCGCUUCUCUAACUUAUUAAGUGUAAUAUAAUAAACAAUUUUAUGUGAUCGAAUGUUUGAAAUGUAGCAGUGCUUAAAGUGGUUUUGUAAAGAGCUUUUGGCAAUCGAUGGAAUGCUUACUACCAAACCAGAGCUUCUGACUUUCAGUGAACUUGUUUGACUCUGAUAUGAACACCUCCGGUCUAAUGUAGUGUUAAAGAAACUGAGAUUUAUAUCUACUAUUUAUGCGAUGUAUAAUCUCGCCCAGUUGGCUUUUCUGACUUUACUUCCUGGAGAAAGUAUUAAAAUAUAUGCCAACUAUCAUGAACGAUAAAACAUAAACAUCCUAAUGUGGGAACUAAAGAAACUACGUUCGCGCUGCUUUAUGCAGCAAAGAACUAUUGUGUUUUCAUAUCUGAGCUCUUGUAACUCGAAAAAACUGUUUUUUGAGACCUGAGUUUUUCUAGUGUUAUUUUUCCAGCUUAUUUUUUGUGUUUUCAACCAUACUCUUAAUGUCCAAACAUGCCUUUGUCGAUGACGUCUUUUGACAUUUAAAUGUGAUUUGAACUUGCAAAAAGUAUUACACUUGAUAUAUGCUGUUGAAUUGUGUUCAGUGUGUGGUGUUUGUUGUGUGUAAACUUUAUAUCCAAACGCCGACACUUUUUAUUGUGAUUUUCCUUUAUGCAUGGUGAAAUGAAAAUGAAGGUUCAGUCGUAAGUCAAUGUUGACUGAAUCUCCACGGAUGAGUUAAUAUUUCAAUAACCGAUGCCUUCUUAGAAAGGAAAAAGUCUAUUUCAAAUUGAGCUUUUCAGUACAGAGUUAAGUAUUGUUGCAUUGAAUGUAUGAUGUAUUCACGAAGAUCGGUAUUGUGUACGAGCUGUUGUUUGAAACACAAAAAAAAUGCUAUAAAAUUGUACAUUCGCUUAAUUAAAUAAAGAUGAAUGAAUGGCACCAUUUAAA